UUUCUUAUAGAAUUUAUCACACAAGCACAAAAUUCAAAAAAUGUGACAAAAAAAUGCAUUGACAUUGUUCCCGCAUCUUGGACAAUGUUCAAGAAUAAUCAAUGGACAUGUAAAUAUCCUGAGGAGGAGGAUUACCCCAAUGUUGAUAAAUGGAUACGUCAAGAAAUUACUCCUGUAUCGACAUGGAAAAAUUUUAAUAUUAAUCUAAUUGCAGAUGCUCGUAAUUAUGAACAAGCCUAUAGAAGAAUGGAAAGAAUGUGUUCAGAAGGGACUGUGAAUAACAGCGGAGUUGAUACUGACACGAAAAAUUCUGAUGUAAAUUCUCCUGAGAAACUAAGAAUGCUUACUCUAAAAGAUGCUGCAGGUGUAUUAAAAAAUAUUCCACAAAUGAAUCUUGAAAAAGAUAAUGAUGCAGGUUUAAAUAAAUUGGACUUUUCUGGUGAAUCCUCUUCUUCUUUUUCCACGAAUGGAAGGACUAAAAUUACCAGUAAGGAACCUCGAAUUGUUCAGAAUAGAAAAAGUAAGUUUUAUUCCUGUUCAUGGCAUUGA